CCCGAGGCACAACCGGCGAGCGACAUCGACAUCCACACGGCAGCGUUCGCUCUCUCCUAUCAGCAGCAGCAGCAUCAUCAGCAGCAUCAUCAUCAGGAGCAGCGGCAGCAGCUGCAGCGGUGCGGGCGAUGAUGAUGGCCCAGCGCCGUUGCUGCGUCUGCGUGCUGACCGCGCUCGCUCUGCUCCUCGUGGCGGCGGUGGCCCCGUCCCAGGGCGACCCGUUCCUGACCGCACAACAGGCCGAGCGGUUCCUGAGCCGACAGAGGCGCGCGUACAACGUGUUCGAAGAGGCGAAGCAGGGCAACCUGGAGCGUGAGUGUGUCGAGGAGUUCUGCAACAAGGAGGAGGCGCGGGAGGUCUUUGAAAACGACCCCGAAACGAACUACUUCUACCCCAAGUAUUUAGACUGCCUGUCGGAGCACCACAUCACUGAGGACGACCCGCACGACAACUGGAGAGCCAGCAGCGUCAGCAGCGUGCUGCGCACCUGCGUCACCGCGCUGCCCAACCAGUGCAUGCCCUCGCCGUGCUUGCGCGCCAGCUCCCUGACCUGCAUCGACCAGCAGGGCGACUACGCCUGCAUCUGCCACGUCGGCUGGACCGGCAAGAACUGCACACAGGACAUCAACGAGUGCGACAAGAACAACGGGAGAUGCGCCCACGAGUGCAUGAACCUGCCCGGCACUCGCCGCUGCCGCUGCCAAAGAGGCUACUUGCUGCAGAGCGACCACAUGUCCUGCCAAGAUGAGGACGAGUGCUCGCUCGGCCAGGGCAUCUGCGGCCAGGCCACGUGCAUCAACACGGAGGGCUCCUUCCACUGCAGCUGCCCCCGUGGCUUCGUCUUCAACGAGAUGAACCAAACGUGCGACGAUGUGAACGAGUGCCUGGACAACUCUGUCUGCGCCCAGCUGUGCGUCAACACCCAGGGGAGCUACACCUGCCACUGCGACGGCCGCAGCGGCUUGCAGCUCGGCAACGACCUCCACCAGUGCAAGCCAAUCAUCCAGCUGUUCGAUGAGAGGGUGCAGAAGAACGCAGAGUGGAUGUGCACCAACCCCCACUUCAUCACAAAGCCCACCUUCCUGCUGCGCUUCAAGCUACGGCAGAUCAAGAGGGAGGUGAUGGAGUUUGGGCUGCGCACGUUCGACGCGGAGGGGCUGGUGCUGUACGUGGAGCGCGGGCGGAGCCGCGAGCCCAACGAGCGCAUGGUGCUGGCGCUGAGGAACGGCUCCCUGGAGGUGCAGCUGCAGAUGAGCGAGAGCAUGAUCGUUACGACCGGCGGCAAGCCUAUCAACGACGGCGCUUGGCACACGGUCUCGGUGGAGCGGCCGACAGGGAAGAUCAUCGUGAAGCUGUCGGGGGAGGAGGUCAUCAACAUCAACACCCACUCGGCCGACGCGGGCUCCAUCAGCUCCGACAUCCUCAUCUCCAUCGCAGGCCUCCCCACCGACGAGCACACGCUGAUGAAACCUCUGAACGUGCACCUGGACGCGUGCAUGCGCGACUGGAGCUGGCUGGACCAGGACACGAGCUGGAUCAAGGAGGAGACGUCGGGCGACAAGAUGCGCCAGUGCUUCUCCAGCGUGGAAAGAGGGGCCUACUUCCCAGGGACCGGCAUGGCGUACUUCAACCGCAGCUUCUUGUCUCCGGAGGGCGGUGACGGCUGGGAGUUGACCGUGGAGCUGUCCAUCCGCCCCGCGGGAGACACGGGCAUCAUCUUCGCGCUUGCCAGCCCUCAAAACGACGAGGUUCCACUGUCCGUGUCGCUGGAGCACACGGCAAGGAACGAGUACAUGCAGCCGACACAGUACGUGCAGGUGGCGCUGGGCGACGUGGUGGCGGCACGCUUGGAGGUGGCGGAGCUGACGUCGAUGCAGAGCCCCACGUGGCAGAGCGUGGCGGUGCGCGUCUCCGCGACGGCGCUGACGCUCUCCGUGGACGGCGCCGAGGCGACGGGCACGGAGCAGUUCCUGCUGCCGCGCCUCGCCGCCCUGCAGGAGCAGCUGAGCCGACCCGUGGCCAAGUUCUUCGGCGGCCUCCCCGACUCGGUGCCGCUGCAGGUGACGCCCGUCACGGCCUUCUUCCAGGGCUGCAUCAGGGACGUGCGCCUCAACGGCGUCCGCGUGGAGCUGGACACGGCCGACUCUCUCUCCCCGGGCGUCACGUCUCACUCUUGCCCCCUGCUCCACUCCGAGAUGCCCAUCUACUUUUAGUAAAUGCGUCCGUGCACAACUUGGACCCUUGCUUCGCCAAACGUUCCCCAAACAUUCACGGCGCCCGACUGCAGGCUUUAACAAUCCACUUUGCUAUUCAAGGCGUACUUGCCGACGGUGCGGAUUUAAGCGAAAGGCUGCCGAUUUUUAAGCUCUGACAAUCGAUAUGCCUUAGAAGGGUUUAAAACUUGACAUCCUACCGUUCACAUGGGCAUAGGUGGCAAGUACGCAGCUUACUGCAGGCUUUAAAAAUCCACUUUGCUAUUUAAUGUUACCAAUAACCGUACAAUCUGAUGUAAAGGUGUGUGUGUGUGCGCGCGUGCACAUGUGAUUUUUUAAAAACAUUUUAUCUUAAAUCUCUUCCUACGAGUACUUUGUGACUGAGUUAAUCCGAUUCGUGUGGUUCGCGUUCAGAUGGCUACCGCAAUAGAAAAGGCAUCCCGAUAUUUACUCUUCCUCGCCCACGUGCACCCCAGCAUGUCAAAGGCAGUUUGCACAAUGCACCACUUCUCGAUUUGCAAAUGAGAUUACACAGGAAAUGUAUUUCAGUGCAAGGUGAUGGCCACUGAGACGACAGCGCAGCCAAUUCCAAGGUUAGACUGUACUUCUAUGCUUCUGUGGCAUCGCUCCCCAGGUUCACCAACCAGUACUGACCAGUUCUUAAUCUACCGUUGGUGUGCGUGUCAUGGGGGUUACUUGACCGCACUGAUUGUGUUCGUUGUCCUUCCCCCGCACCUCCGAUUAGCACGGUUGGCGACGUACGGUGCGAUAGAAGUUCAACUUGGUGAAAGUGGAGAGCAUAAAAGUACAUGGCAGCAGAGUGUUUGCUCCACUGCCCUCUGCUGCCCGCCACUAGUACCGCAGCAGCCUGUAGCAACCUGUUGUGCACGAUGGUGUGGCGUGUUUCUCCGUCGUCAGAGAACACGUGGUGGUUUUAAGGGAACCAGUAGAGCAACAACCCCGGCUGCAAUGACCACAACCUUAAGAGUUUUUAAUUUGCUACUUGUACUGUAUUUGUACAAUGUCCAAUGGGUGCCAUUUCAUAAGGGAACAAAAAUGUUUUAAGCUUCAAGAGUUUUCAUUAAAAGAUAUAUAUACCUUUUUCACCCUAUGAACUAUUAGCACCGAUUAAGACACUGAAUUUUUUAUGUUACUGCUGUUAGAUAUGAGCACAGAACGGUGUGUUUUUUUUCACAUGAAUAAAUGUAUUGGAAAUGUUA